AUGCCGCCACGCGCGCAGUCCCCCCGCCCUGCCAGCUCCAUCCCCCCAUCCGUUCCCCCGCUCUUCUCCGCGCGCCCCUUCCUGCUCGGCGCGGCCGUCGCGCUGCUGCUCUCGCAGGCGGCGCUCCUCGCGCGCCUCCACAUCCCCGCCGCGCCGUAUCUUCGCGCUGCUGGUGCGGGCGGCUUGGCGGGGGACGUUAGCAGCCCUGGGGAUUUGGGUGACCGCGAGGCCGCUGUGGAGUCGCAGGGCGACGGCAAUCAGUCGCAGGGCGAUGGCGAUCAGUCGCAGCAGCAGUCGCAGGAGAUGGCAGUGCUGCGGAAUGUCACGGAGCUGGCGCAAUGGGCGGCGGAAAUCGCGGACGCGCUGAGGGCAGUGUUCCCCGAAAUGAUGGAGUCAAGGGACUCGUUCAUACAGCACCUCGUGCAGCCCUACCAACCACCGCCUCCUCAAGACCCACCUGCCCCAGCUGGCACCUGUGCCAUACCGCAGCAGAGGGACCGUGACGCGCGAGUGCAUGCAGCCAUGGCGCGCAGCAUCGAGGGCCUUGCCAUCGCCCUCGCCUGCUCCCACUCCCCCUCCCAAGCCCCUCAUGCCCCCAAUGCCUCUCAGUCCGCCCAUCCAUCCUCCACCUCUCUCACCAUCCUCUCCCUCCCGCGCUCCUUCCGCCGCACCCACUGCUCCACUGCGACUGCACUGCUCCCACCCGCACUGCCCAUUGACACCACACAUACCAGCAGCAGCAGCAGCAGCAGCAGCAGAACAGCUACACAAGGCAGCAAGCUUAACCCCGUUGACCCCGUUGACCCCGUUAACAGCACUGACCCCAUUGACCGAGUUGGCGACGUUGACCUGUACGAUGCGGCCGGCCGUGCCAGGCUGGCUCGGGUGCUCAUCGCCCUGCACCAGUCCUCCUCCUCCACGUGGCUCCCUCCCUGGCUCUCCCACCUCCUGCCCACAUGGCUGCCUCCCAUUGGCCGCAGCAGAUCUCCCUCCACGCACAGCUAUUGGCUGGGCAAGCUGGCAGAAGAAUGGGCGGCACAGGGGGGAGAGGGAAGGGGGAGGGGAGGAGGAGUAAGGGGAGGCGGAGCAAGAGGGGCGAUUGACCUUGGGGUGGAGGGGAGGUUGGCGGUGGGGCUGGGGCAGAGCAGGCCGGGCAGUCAGAAAAGUCAAGCGAGUCAAGGCAGUGAAGGCAUUCCGGCGGUGCAUGGCAGGAAGGGGUCAGCAGCAAGCAGGGGGAGUGGGUGGUGGGGCGUCACGUGGAACAGCAGGACGAGUGCAGGGAAGGUCUUGAUGGGCAGGGGAGGCAAGGACGGGGAUGGGAGAGGCAGGGAGGGCGAGGGACGGCAGUGGAAGUACUUCCUCUCAGCCAUGGCCUUCAACCGCGCUGCUGCUGCUGCUGCUGCUGCCUCUGCUGGCAGCGGUUCAGAGCGGUGUCAGGCUGCAGUUUUCGCCAUCUUCCAGCACAUGCGGUAUGCGGGCACGGAGCACAUCAUCUGGUACGACCGUGCCUUUUGCUCCAUGUGGCCCGAUAUGCUUGCUCCCCUCUCCCGUCCCUGCUCCCCCUCUUGCUCCUCUCUCCCCUCCCACCAGUGGAUAGAGUACAUGCGCUACGCAGGCACAGAGCACAUCUAUUGGUACGACUGUGCUGCCAGGGAGGCGGAGAGCCAGGAGGCCGUCCUCUCGGUGUACACCCACGCAGGGCUGCUGACGUACCACCGCCUGCACCAGAUAACGCCUCCCCCUGCUGGCGCUGAUUACCACUUUGACCAGGACUCCUCGCUCUCCCACUUCCUGCAGCCACUCAGCCAACUACGCUGUCUUGUCCUCUCACUCACCGGCCUGCCCUCCACUGCUACCCUCCCCCACUCCCAGCACCACGGCCAUGAGUCCAAGUGGGUGGCCUUUGCUGACGUGGACGAGUACAUCUUCAUGCCGCCCGACACCCGCCCGGGCUUCCUCACACGCCUCCUGCUGCGCCGCCCAUGCGCCGCCCAACACUCCGCUCCUGGUGCUGCUGGCAGGGCAGGAAGAGGGAGGAGAGAGGAGGGCGAGGCACAACAGGAUGACCAGCAGGAGGCAACGCAGCUCCUGCUAUACAACCAGUUCUUCAUAGGCUACCCACGCCCUCCCCCUGCGCGCCUCACUAUAGAGCGAUUCAUCCACCGCCCGCACCGCCUGCCCGACCACCAUGACCGCCUGCGAGGCAAGAUGCUGCUGCAGCCCGCGGCUGCCCUCGGGUUCCUCUCCCACGCGCCCCACCGCGCUCUCAUGCACUCUGGAGAGACCAUAGUGGCUGAUCCUGGGCUCAUUCGUGUGAAUCACUACUGGGGUGAUAGGGGGUUAUCGGCGAAUGCGAGUGAGAGGGAGAGGGAGGAGCUGGAGGAUGGGUCGGUGGAUGAUAGGAGCAUGCAGGUUAUAGCGGAUGUGAUUAAAAGGAGGUUGAGAUGGGUGGUGCCGGUGCUGCCCGUGCUGUGUGAGAGGGAGGCUGUGAUUGGUGCUAUGAUGGAAGCCCAGAGGUUGGCAGAUGUGCUGCUGCAAUCUGUGCAGAUGGAAAAUGGAUGA